GGGCCCGGCCCGAGACUUGGCCGGCGGGUGGUGGGACAGACCGCUGUUUCCUCGGGACCGGCAGUCAUGGCUCUGGGCUGGCCGCGGCCUCUGCCGCCGGUCCUCGUGCUGGGAUUCGGGCUGGUGCUGAUGCGCGCCGCGGCCGGGGAGCAAGCGCCAGGCACCGCCCCAUGCUCUAGCGGCAGCUCCUGGAGCGUGGAUCUGGACAAGUGCAUGGACUGCGGUUCGUGUCCCGCGAGGCCGCACAGCGACUUCUGCCUGGGCUGCGCUGCGGUACCGCCUGCCCCCUUCAGGCUGCUCUGGCCCAUUCUGGGAGGUGCUCUCAGUCUGGCCCUGGUUUUGGCGCUGCUUUCUGGUUUCCUGGUCUGGAGACGAUGCCGCAGGAGAGAAAAGUUUACUACCCCCAUAGAGGAGACUGGUGGAGAGGGCUGCCCAGGUGUGGCACUGAUCCAGUGAGGAGCACCCGCGCUGGUGCCCACUCAUCAUCCAUUCAUUCAUUCUGGAGCCAGCCUGGCCUUCCAGACGCAACCCGAGCCAGACUCUUCCAACCACAGGGGGUGGGGUGAGGUGGUGAUUCACCUCCACGGACUGGGCUUAGGGUUCAGCAGAGCCUUCCAAGUUAUCUGAUUGUCCUGUCUUUGGUUGGGGCAGAGCCUCGAGCUGGGUCACAGAGGAACUGCAGCAUUUGCACAAGGGAGCCUUGCCCCCUGGAGUCCAGGAAGCUGGGCAGACACACUAGGUCCUACCCACUCGGAGGGACUGAAAUUCAACUACCCUGAGUUUCAGCCCUGGGAGUGGGUCAGAUUUAGGGAUCUGUUUUUAACACUAAGGGGGCUGGCCCUCUGGGAGGGCUGGCCCUAAUACACAAACACACACAACCCAUCCCCCAAGGGGGUGAUAUUUAUUGGGGGAUAAAGUUUGGAGGGGAGGGAGACUUAUUAAUAAAAGAAUCUUUAACUUUAAA